UGAUGGCAGCAUCGGCCAGCCUCCCACUGCUUGUAGUGCUUUUCUGCUGUUGGCAAUGCAUGGCAUCUGUUGGCAGCCGGUAUACCUUCCUCUUCUACUCGGAUGGAGCGGACCAGUGCUUGGGUAGUAUUGGAGCUGUACAGCGUUGUGAUGAAGUCGGAUGAACAUGUCUUUUUCUCCAUCUUCCCUCUCAAAACAUCCUCUUGAUCCAUCAAAAUGCGUCUGUCUAUCAUCGCCCUCGCUGCCUUCCUCGGCAUUGCCGCCGCCACUCCCAUUGCUGCUCCUGCUGAGCUGACCAGAAGCGUG